AUGACAAAUAUGAAUGACCCAUUAUCUGUAUCAAAUCUAGGUGGCGAUUUUCCAUUCAACAAGCAAACAAGACAAAAUGUUGUCUGUACAGAGCCACCUUCUUAUGAAUCAUUAUUAAACAAUCCAAAUAUUUCUGUUAAAGCACAUUAUCCAUCUCAAUCAGGGUUGUUUAUUCUUAAAGCGAAUUCUUAUUACACUGUUGUUGAUAUUCUCAUUAUAAAUUGGGAUCUUAAUGAAAUUUUCGAAGAAGAAUUCAUGUGUUCAACUACACAAAUAAAUUCAUUCACCGUUGAUACUUCAAUCGUAAAUGAUACUUGA